AUGGAGAUGGUUAAUAUUCAUAUUGGGCAAUUGCUUGGCAAUCUUACUGGAGAUAUGAGUCAUAUGAUGACAACAAUAAUACCAAAAGACACUCUUAAAUGGAGGAUAAAGCUACUUGAAUCAGCUGCUGCCUAUGCUAAUUCCCUUGCAUUUAGUGGCAAGGAUAAGCUCUUACCCAGUAAAAACGAGGCUCAUAGGCUUUCAGGAUUACUGAAGCGCUGCAACAUACGUGUGUUUGAGGAAAAUGGGCAUGCAAUCUUAUUGGAGAGUGGUGUUAACGUGUUAUCCACUAUUAAAGCUUCUCAGAUGUAUCGACAUUCUUCAAAGUUUGAUAUUUUUAGAGACUUUUUGCCUCCAAGUAUGACAGAGUUCAAAACCUUACCAAUGGAGGCUUGGUGGUUUCGGGUUUCCAUGGGUGCAGCAAUGUUGUCAACAAUGGAGGAUGGAAAGAUAGUGAGAGGUCUUGCAGGGAUUCCAGAUGAAGGGCCUGUAUUAAUAGUUGGUAAUCACAUGCUUUGGGGAUUUGAUUAUUUUGUACUUGUCUCAGAGUUCAUAAGAGAAAAGAAAUCAGUGCUUCAUGGUUUAGCCCAUCCGGAGAUUUUCCAAUUAGGUGUUGAAUAUGAACAUAUUCUGAUGCCAUGUGUUGAUAUAAUGAAGUUGUUUGGUGGAAUUCCAGUUUCUGGAAGAAAUUUGUUCAAAUUGUUAGAAAGAAAGUCGUACACGUUACUUUAUCCUGGUGGUGCAAGGGAGGUUUUUCAUCGUAAGGUGUGUUACUUGAGCUCGUAUUAAUUUCAUUUAAAAAAAGCUUCAUCAUUUGUUUUUUUAUUUGUUACAAUGGUUAAAUAUAUAAUUGAACUUCUUUUGCA